AAUAAUGAUUCAGUAGUUGGUGACGAGGCUUUAGAUGAAUGUGUAUGUGAUAUUGGUGAUGACUCAGACUUAGAAGAGCCCACGUUACCAGAAUAUGACCCAGAGGACGACAGUGAUUCUGAUGAAGAAUUUGAAGAUGCACCAAUUGAAGCUGGGGAAUAUUUUACUGCCAGAGAUGGUAAUGUUUGGUCUUCGAUACAACCACAACCUGUACGAUUCCGUACGCGCAACAUUCUAAGAAGUGCACAAUCUGGACCAGUACGGGCAACGCAAGGUUUGACCAUUUCAGAAACGUUCAAAUUGAUAAUGUCAGACGAAAUAUGUGACAUAAUUUUUCGUGAAUCAAAUCGAAAGGCAAGGCAAUUCUUUGAUGAUGACAAUGCAAAACAUCCAACAAGAGAACCGAGAUCAUGGAUUCCCAUAACAGAAAGUGAAUUUGAUGCAUAUUUGGGCGUACUUUUGCUAAGUGGCGUUACACAUUCUGGUUACGUGCAUACGAAAGAUUUGUGGACUACUAAAUCACAUCCAUUAUAUCGUGCUGCAAUGAGUGUACGACGAUUUUGGGAAAUUAGCCGCUUCAUUCGUUUUGAUAAUGGAAACACACACCAGCAACGCAAACAAACUGACAAAGCAGCAGCAAUAUCGGACGUUUUUUUGAUGCUAAACAGCUGUCUUCGUAGAUAUUACGUGGCAGAAGCCAACGUCACUGUAAUUGAACAAUUGUAUGCUUAUCGUGGUGGAACUGGCUUCACGCAAUACAUACCAUCAAAACCUGCCAAAUAUGGGAUAAAAGUGUGGUGGGUGUUCGACUCCAUUUCGUCCUAUCCAUUGCAGGGACAAAUCUAUACAGGAAUAGCACCGUCUGGUGAACGUGAAAGAAACGUUGAUGAAAGAAUAGUCAAAGAUUUAUGUAUCAGCCUUUUUGGUGGAAGUGGAAGAAAUAUUGUAUGUGACAAUUUUUUCACUAGCUACACUUGGCAAAAUCUUUGAUGAUAGACAAUAAUUUAUCCAUCGCCAUCAAAGCCAUGAUAGGUAGGCCCAUCCGAGUUGUGGAUGAUGGAGCACAUGAACCGGAGGAGCGUGAUAGUACGGGACGCCCAAAAGUAAAAGGGGAAUUGCUACAUCUGCUCCAAACGACGCCCUACUCGUAAAGCAUGCACAUUAUGCAACAAACCAGUGUGCGCAGAGCAUUCCAAAGACUUGCCGCAAUGCGAUAGAUGUAAUUGAAUUUCAAUAAUUUUAAAUUUUUUCGUAGUUUUUUUAAUAUUUUUUUAUAAGUAUUUUAUAAUUUAUAAUAAUUUUUAUGCCACAAAUAUUUUUUUCACUCAAAAUAAACUAUAUUUUUCAAAUAUUAUCAUAUUUGCAUGCGUUUUACUAUACAUAUGGUAUGGUAUACCCAGGUAUGUAUGCUGUUGACGUAAGGGUGCAACUUUGUAAAUGGGCUUUAUCUACCAAACGGAUGAUCCAAUCCUAACCAAAAUUGAGACUAUUGCGUAAAACAGUUUUCACUAGGAUAUCACGAAAUUUCAAGUCAAUCCGAUUAUCCAGUUCAGAGCUACAGCGUUUUGAAAACGCAAAACAUACCCAGGUAUGUUGCCGUUGACAUAAGGGUUAAGAAUAUGUGCAUAAACCAUUGAAUAUAAAAUAUAAUUAUUUUUCAUUUCAAGCAAGAAUAAAACUUAAGUUAUUAGUUAAUUAUAAAUUAGUAAUCUAAUUCAUUUAAAAACUUAAAAAUAAAUUAAAUUUGUAUAUGAAAAGAAAAUAUAAAUCUAUAUUUGAAUUCAUCGAAAUUUAAAUAUAUAACGAAACUUCAAUAAAGUUAAAGCUAUUAGAAAAUGAAAGCUAUUAUAAUAUGAAAUAUUAUGAAUACACAUUUCAAGAGGUCAGUUAAUUUCAAACAAUUAUCCGAGUGUCAAAAAAAAAAGAGUUCAUUCUGUGAUAAAUUUAAGAAGGUCGUCAUAAUUUAUAUCAAAAUUUGCUACCUUUAUUCUAAGCAGGUCUUCUAAAUGUUUGUCUGAAAGCCUUGUUCUAUAGGAAUUCUUUAUGUAUACCAUAGCAGAAAACGCAGAUUCGCAAAUAUAUGUGGUUCCAAACAUUGAGUACAACUUAUAAAUUUCGUUUUUUAAAAUAGGAUAUUUAUUUUCAUCAAUAUUUUUCCAAAAUUGAAUACCACGGUCUAAAGGAAGGUUGAUAUCAUUCUAAAGUUUACUGAGCUCUUUGUGUAAAUGUUCCUCUUGCUCUUGGAUGUCACAGAGCAAAGGAUUCUCAUAUAACCUUAUUACACGUUUAACUUUGAUGAAGUCUUUGAAUCUGCCAUCUAGGUUAGUUUUAAGAUCCUCAAAGGACUUAAAAUAUUGUCGUAACUCUUGUUGCAUAUUAAA